AUGGAAGGGCCGUACGAUGAGACUUUAAUCGACACAAUAUUAGGCUGUGAACGAUUACAGAUAGCCUUGCCCCGAUCGAAAUCAGAAUCCGCUUUGGCUGUUCUGUUGUUAGUGGACGAUGUUCUGGAAGUUGCUAUGCAAUUCCUCGUUCAUUCAUUUCAUUUAGUUGUCACAAGUCGGUCAUUCCAACAACAAGGGAAGGGAUUAGCCUUAAAUUUGGGCGUUCUGGAGGGCCUACUCCCCUCUGUCGUGCAUUCGCUUUCGGCGGAUGUGGCUAUCAAAACUUUUAAAGGCUUAGACGACCUCUUGGAAGACAUUAAAAACUCGCCACCUCCACCUACUCGUCCACUCAACAUUCCACUGGAUGAGUACAGCCCGAGGUUUUGCUCACUUGUUCGACGGAUAUAUGAAUUGGUUGAUAAGCAUCUCUUACAUUAUGCAGCAUCUGUUGUAAAGGCUGAUGCUUGGCAUAUGUUAUCUGAACGUCAGCAAAUGCGUAUACAAGAAACGGGAAUAUUUGUGGAGCUAAGGCAACCAAAGGCGCCACCACCACGUUUUUCCAGUCACAACAGAAGCUAUAAGCGAUCAGCAUCAGCUGGAGUGCAAGUUUCCUGCGAAAUUCAUCCCUUAGAACGAUCAAAAUCAAUAGAGAGAGGAAGACCUUUGUCAACUAUACAGCAAACCACUGCAAGUAUGGAGGAUGAUAUGCAAAAAACAGAACAAGCCGUGGAUGAUUCCAGCAAAGAAGCAUCCGUGGAGAGA